GUAGUCGAAGGGUGGAUGCGAUUCAAGAGACGCGCGGCCACCGCGUCUCAGACCAGGACGUCCUUCUGCGGCUAGGCACUUCAAUUCUUCAACUUGCGGCUGUGCUUGCUGACAGGUACCUAGGAUCAGAUAUCUAUUCAUAGAAGAGCCGAGACGUGGCGCCUGCUCACCAACGAGUUGUCAGAUUUAUCUCAAUCAGAGAUGACUGAAGACUCAAGUACAAAACACAUCUAGCCUGCAACCCGUGACAAACCAUCCAUUCACUAAGCGAUCCGCUGAUCUGAUACUCAAGUCGUGCGAUGAAGUCGAAUUCCGCGUACACAAAGUCAUUCUGGCCGAAUCGUCCGCCUUCUUUGAGAACACGUUUUCUCUACCUCAGGCAUAUGAAAUGUCGGACGGGAUGCCAGUAAUCCUCAUUCCGCAACACAGCACUGUUCUAUUGAAUUUGCUCCGACUAUGCUACCCUGUAAGCGACCCCACCUGGAGCAAUCUUGAAGACAUCCGUGCUACUCUCCAAGCGGCCAUCAAAUAUGACAUGACCGAGGCCGCAGAACUCGUGAAGGUGCUGCUGCGGAUGCAUAUACCUACCGCACCACUGCGAGUUUAUGCUAUUGCAUGCCAUCAGAAUCUGGAAGAUGUCGCUCGCGCUGCCGCUGAGGAGGUCCGUCGUCAAGAGUGUCAAUCGAGCUUUGUUCCAGAACUGGAAGACAUUAUGGCUGGUCAAUACAACCGCUUACUCCAAUUUUGUGAGCUGAAUGAAUUCGGCGAUCCUACCGAAUCUUUUUGCUAUGGCAAUGGGCCCGAUGUAAUUUCGAGAAAAUGACAAGGAGAACCCAAGGAGAUCAUCGACGCACCAAGUCCAUUCGAUAUGAGUAAUGCGGAUGUGAUACUCCGUUCCGCCGAUUUGAUGGACUUCCGAGUGCAUACUGUGAUCAUCUCGAUGAUAUCCACUGUUCUCGGAGAACUACUCGCGACUCGGAGUGUUUGCGAGGAGAGGAGAUGCGGUCUACCGAU